UUUCCGCUCACUGUCCGAAAAUCCUUCAAGUUUCGAGCCAGACCCGCUUCUUCAACCUCUCUCUCUCUCUCUCUCUCUCAAUUGCAGACUGACUUCCUAUGCUCUCUCACUUCAAUUUGUGGGUCAACUCGGUCUGAUCCGGUUCACUCUCUCUUCUGCUCUCAAGAUUACUUCUUUCCUCACUUGGGUUCUUCCUCACUUCUUCACUUUUUGCUCCUUUUUCGAAUUCCUUCAACCACUUUGCUUCCUGGGAUUUCUAGCUGCUUCCGUAUCUGGGUUCUCAUUCUUUUGAGCGUUGGUUAUCGGAGUCGUGGUGUUCGAGCUUUUGUGGCAACUGUUUUAAGGAGCCCCCACUCUGAUUUUGGGAAUUGGGGCCUCUUCUUUUUUGGAUUCGAAGUUCUGGGGGUUUUUAAUUAGCUUCGCCUUUGUUGUUUUUUGUUACUGGAGUUUGUAGUUGUUGGGGUUUGUGUUUGGAAUUAGGUUGGAAUUGCUUAAUUUGUGUGUUAAAGGUUGGAAAUUGAGAUUUUUUUUUUUGGUGGGUCGGAAUUAGGGUUUCUGUUGUGAAUUAUACAAAUUUGUUUGGUUUUGAUUCGUACUGAUUGUUUAUGGUGUUUUUGGUGGUGGAGAAGAUGGGUUUGGGGUUCAACUGUAUCUGAGACCUCUUGUUGGCUUAGAAUUUGGGAUAUUCUCUUGCUGGGUUCUUUGGAGAUUUUAAUGGGAUUUUGCGACUUCAGGAAGGUUUGGGAAACAGUUUCUGUGUUAAAGUUAAGGUUCCAUAGGUGAAGUGAAAGAUGUUCUAUUCUCAAUUCAUAUUGGCCAAGAAAGGGCCGCUUGGGACAAUAUGGAUAGCGGCACAUUUGGAGAGGAAGCUGCGGAAAAAUCAAGUGGCGGACACUGAUAUCGGGGUCUCAGUUGAUUCAAUUCUUUUCCCUGAUGUGCCAAUUGCAUUGCGAUUGUCCAGCCAUCUUCUUCUUGGGGUGGUGAGGAUAUAUUCUAGAAAGGUGAAUUACCUAUUUGACGAUUGUAGCGAAGCUUUGCUUAAGAUAAAGCAGGCAUUCCGUUCUACUGCUGUUGAUUUACCCCCUGAAGAAUCUACUGCUCCAUAUCAUUCUAUCACUUUGCCCGAGACUUUUGAUCUUGAUGAUUUUGAGCUUCCAGACAAUGAAAUUUAUCAAGGUAAUUAUGUUGAUCAUCACGUUAGUUCUCGAGAGCAAAUUACACUUCAAGAUACUAUGGAGGGUGUAGUCUACACCACUUCUCAAUUUGGCUUGGAUGAGCGAUUUGGUGAUGGUGAUGCUUCACAAAUUGGUUUAGAUCUUGAAGAGGAACUCUUUGUGGAGAAGAUCACUGUUAAGGACCAUGAUAAUAUUUCAGAUAAUGAUCCUCCAACGCCUUCUCAAUCAACCUUCUUGAAAGACAAGGAUGAAGAUAUGGAGGAACAUGUAGAAACUUUUGCAACAGUGCAGGAUCCAUCAUCUACUGUGAGACAAGUGCAUGAAUGCAACUUGUCAAGCAUACAGGAUUGUGACGUUUCUUUGAAAAUGGAAGAUCAUGGUACAGACCUGGAAGCCAUUGGAAUUGAAAAUAAUGAAUCCAGGAAAUCAGAUAUUUAUCGUGGUACUACUGACGAUUUGGAUUGGUCUUCCCAUAAUGAUUUGGAUUAUGAGACUACAAGAAGCAUGCAGCCUGAAGAGAAUGGCCAUCUUUCUAGUGACCCAGAAAACAAAGAUGGAAAACUUGAACAGUUUUCUUUGCCAACUGAUGAGGCAAUGGAAAAGAUCAAAGGAGAUGCAUUGGGUGGCCCAAGCACAGGGGAAGAAUUGAACAAUGGAGUUGUAAUAAACAAUGAGCCUGAAAUGACCUUUCUUGAUCACGUUGAUGCAGAAUAUGACCGCAGCCAAUCUACAUUAGAUGCAACUAUGAUGUCUCCUAGCCGGUCCGGUGUCACACCUGAUAUGGAGGACUUGGGUCAUAAAGCUCCUUCAGAUGCCAUGCAUGCAACAGCAUCAGAAGGUGGUUUGAUUGGUGAUCAACUAUCCUCAAAUCCCACGGACAACUUGGUUGAAGUGCUCUCACCUGAAAAAGUUGCUCCAGAUAGAACGUACCAAGAAGAAUCUCCUGGUAGGCCUGAGGUUAUUGAUGCUGAAUCUAAGGAAUUUCAGGAGCCAAAAGACACUGAGGCUCAGAAUUCUUUCAAUGGUGAGGAAAUUACAUCCAUGGAGAAGUCUGUGCUUCAGCCAUGCAAUUCCCAUGCAAUGGAACCUGAUAGGUCAUCUCUUGAAGGUGAAAGCUACCAGGGAACCGAUGCUGUUACCCAAAAUUUGGAAUCAAGUGAGAAAGCUGGUACAGAAGUUUCUGAAGACGGACAAGCUGGUUUCAGGGAUUCUGACAAACCUUUGGAUUGUGCAUUAUCUAAUGAUAUUUGCACAGAGAUUUCUAAUAGGUCUCCCACCUCGGACUUCCCUGCACCUGAGAAGUUUCUUUCUGUACCAGAGGGCCUUACCGAAAUGCAUGUUGACAACUUACCAUUGGAUUCUUCAUUGGACAAAGGAAAUUUAAUUGAAGAUGAUGGAGGUGUUUCUGGAACUAAUCUUAUAUCGGGAAAGAAGCGAAGCUUUACUGAAAGUACUUUAACAGCCCAGAGUUUGAACUCAGCUGAGUCAGUUGGGGUGCAUCCUUCUAAAAAGGUUACAGAAUCCAUUCCUGAUGAUGAUGAUUUGUUAUCAUCUAUUUUAGUUGGAAGAAGAUCUUCAGUUUUGAAACUGAAACCGUCACCUCCUGUGCACGAGACAAUAUCCCUGAAACGCCCAAGAUCUGCACUUCGAGUUGGCACCUCAAAGAAGAAGGUGCUUAUGGAUGAUGUGAUGGUUUUGCAUGGAGACACAAUACGUCAACAACUUACAAACACUGAAGACAUACGUCGUGUUCGGAAAAAGGCACCUUGUACUCGUUCUGAAAUUUCAAUGAUUCAGAGACAAUUCUUAGAAGAUGAAAUUUUCAGUGAAUCCAUAUAUUCAGGCAUCUCCAAGGAGCUGUUCUCAUUGCAUGUAGAAGCAUUUGACCUUAGUGAAAUCAGGGUUUAUGAGAAGGGUCCAUUCAGUGCUUCUACUGAGGCAGGAAACGAUAUUGAGUCUGCUGUCAGGCCAAACACCACUGAAGAAAGUGCUACAGAAACAAACCCUGAAGCAGUGGUUGACAAAAAUGAUCUCGAAUCUCAGCCUGCUGAGGCUGCUGUUCAGAAUGAAACUGAGUUAGCCCAAGACUUAACAUUGGAGUGUCCUGAUCUUGAUGUUCAAGAUCAGCAGCAAGUGACUUCAACCAAGAAUGCUGGACUGGAACCCAUGGGAGAGAUGGAAAAAAUAGAUUCUGAAGCGGGAAAUGUUGGUGGUGCAGUCAAUAGCUUUGACAUUCCGGAGUUAGAGUUGCCAUCCUUAGCCAUUGGGGAUAAAUAUGAUGAUCCAAAUGCUUCUUUGCAGAUGGAUAUUUGUUUUUCUUCAGAGAAAAUUUUGGAAUCGCAGCCUGGUGUUGAAGAUACUCUUACAGUGGAGACAGGGAAUGUAGGUCUUGACAGUGUUAAUACUAAUAAUUGCACUGAAAUCAGAGAUAAUGUUGACGAUGAAAAAUCUGAUCACAAUGUUUCCCUUGUAACCUCACCUCGAGAAAAUGGUGAAUCCAAUUAUCUGACACCCGAAAAUUGUGACAAACCUGUUAAGUUAGGGGAAAUUGAUGUGGAUGGAGUAAAUACGACAGACUUUGUUUGUGAUGAAAAGGAUGCGGCUUCUCUUUGUUUAAUUGAUGGAGCUCAGGUGGAUUCUCACUUUUCAUCGGGAUUUGAUAUGGAUUUUAAAAGUACCUCCUUCAAUGAAGUUGUAAAUCCGGAGUAUCCUGAAGAAGUUGAUUUGCUCAAUAUUGUGGACACAGAAUUGAAUAUUCUUGACCAUCCUAUGGAAGACCGUGGUGACUUCGAGGAUGCUACAGUGGCGAAUGAUAUAGAAUUUUUGAAUGAAGAUGAUGACGAUGAAGAAGACGAGGACAACAUGCAAUUUGGUGGAGAUCCUAGCUUUCUUGAAAACAGUGGAUGGUCUUCCCGCACCAGGGCUGUUGCCAGAUAUCUUCAAAAUCUCUUUGAUAGGGACACUGUACAUGGGAGAAAGGUUCUUCACAUGGAUAGUUUACUCGUUAACAAAACUCGGAAGGAAGCAUCAAGAAUGUUUUUUGAGACAUUGGUUCUCAAGACAAAGGAUUACCUCCAUGUAGAACAGGAAAGACCCUUUGACAACAUUAGUAUAAAGCCAAGAAUAAACCUCAUGAAGUCAAGUUUCUGAUUUACUUUAGGAAAAGGCAGAGAUACACAGCUGGGAAAAAAACCAAAAAACAGAAAACCAAAAAACAAAAAGGCUCCGGUAGAUGUUAGUUCGGCCGAUGCUCCACUCGGGAUGUCAAUAGCUUUUUUCAUCAUCAGAAACUCCCCUUCCCAACAAAAUAAUCUUUUGUAUUUCUUUCUUCUUUCUUCUUUUUUUAUUAUUAUUUAUAUAUUGCUUUGUUUAAGAUAGACGUUUACUUAAGUGCUCAGUGAGUCUAACAGUGAGGUCAGGUUGGGUCGAGUCGAGUCAAGUGGGCACAUCGUAUAUUAAUGUGUUUAUUGUACCCAACUUUUGUACUAUGACAGAUACUCUCAUGUAUAUAUUAUCUGUAAAAAUAGUCUCUUGCUAUUGAAGAUGCUGAUUUAUUUGUUAGAAUCA